CUGCUCGAAAGCCAACUCUUCCAUCAAGUGGGCUCCUCCAAAUCCGUCUGCUCCGCUGGACCGUCUGGCUUGGCACAGCCGAGCCACUCUGGCGUCGAGGGGAAGACGGCGACGGGAGGCAUCGCAACCGUGUCCAGCGUCGGCUCGACGGUCGCAGGUGCCAUCCCUUGUCCGGCCGACGGAAAGACCCUCGAGGCUGGCCAGUUGUACCAUCAACAGGAGGAGCAGAAUUCCGCCUCCGCCACCCUCGCGGCCGGCGUCUCGACCAUCUCCGAGAUCCCGGCUGACCUGCUUUUGGCCGCGUUCAAGCGCCACUUGCCCGUGGUCCUGCCCUCCGGACCGCCCGAAACGAUGCCCGAAGCACAGUGA